AUGGGUCAGACCGAUCAACAGCGCCAGGAUGGCUUGGUCAUCACGACCGCCGUCUUCACAUCAAUUGCAUUCGUUGUCGUCGUCCUUCGGUCAAUAACUCGUUUCAUUCUCAUCCGCAAGGGUGGCUGGGAUGACUCUCUCAUGGUUGUCGCCAUGAUUCUGAGCAUUGGCUACUUUUUGGAGAUUCUCAUCGGCAAGGCCAACCACAUCGGACACGCGAUGUCGACGCUCUCCACCGACAAUAUGCUUAACCUGAUCAAGGUUACGCUAGGCAUUCAGCUUACCUACUACGCCGCCGUCAGCUCUAUCAAGGUUUCCAUUCUGUGCAUGUAUCUGAGAUUCUUGGCUUCGAACAAGUCUCGACUCCUCGCAUACGGCACUAUCAUCUUCCACGUUUGCUUCUUCAUCAUUUGUGUCACCGUCACUGCUUCGCAGUGCCGACCAAUUAGCAAGAUGUGGGAUUUGACAGGCAUGCAACCCGGAAAAUGCAUUGAUACCACCGCCUUCUUCUACUUCACCUCGGGCUUCAACAUCAUCACGGAUAUCUGGAUUAUUGCCCUUCCCAUCAAAGCCCUGAUCAAGAUCAACAGGCCCCGCCGAGAAAAGAUCGCGCUCAUCUUCAUCUUCGGCGUCGGUACCUUCGCAACCAUCACGUCCAUCAUUCGCCUCCACACCAUUUACACGUACACCCUCGCCAAAGACCCCUUCCAGCAGAGUAUUCUGGUGAACCUCUGGUCUGUUAUCGAGGUCAACACGGCAAUUAUCUGCGGGUCGGCGCCGGCGCUUAAGCCGCUGUUCACGCCCAAGGCCCUGAAGGCCGCGAGGCAAGGUUCAAGCAAUGGUGGAAGUCACCAGUACGUGGCGCGAUCGGGGUACAUCAGGAGCAAGAAGUCCGUCGACCAGACCUGGACCGAGACGUCCGUCAAUCUCGGCCCCGUCCCUUAUAGUAGCACCGAGAUUACGGCGGGAGGACACCGCGGCAGGGAGAAAGACAAGGAGACGGACAGUACUGUCGACAUCCUCCCUGCGUAA